AUGGGGCAGCAGGACCUCCCACGUGCUGACGGGCCCCCCCCGAUGCUCCCGUGGCCACUGGCCCCCCUGACCCCUGCAUGCGGGAGGAGGCUGCCCAUCGGGAGAGAUGGCGGAGAGUUUGCUCGCUGGAAGGUGAAUAAUUUGGCCUUGGAGAGGAAAGACUUCUUCAGCCUGCCGCUUCCCCUGGCCCCCGAAUUCAUCCGCAACAUCCGUCUACUGGGACGCCGGCCCAGCCCCCAGCAGAUUACUGACAGCCUCAUCAAAAAGUAUGGGACCCACUUCUUGCUCGCCGCCACGCUGGGAGGAGAGGAGUCCCUGACCAUUUUUGUGGACAAGCGCAAGCUGAGCCGGAGGGCAGAGCCCGCCGGGGGAGCCGGGAACAGCUUGGGGGUCUCACUGGAGACCCUGCACCAGCUGGCAGCCUCCUACUUCAUUGACCGGGAGAGCACACUGCGCCGGCUCCACCACAUCCAGAUUGCCACGGCUGCCAUCAAGGUGACCGAAACACGGACAGGGCCACUUGGCUGCAGCAACUACGACAACCUGGACUCGGUGAGCUCCGUCCUGGUGCAGAGCCCCGAGAACAAAGUGCAGCUCCAAGGGCUGCAGACGGUGCUCCCCUCCUACCUGCGGGAGCGGUUUGUGGCGGCCGCCCUCAGCUACAUCGCCUGCAGCUCGACCGGGGAGCUGGUGUGCCACCGGAGUGACUGCCACUGCCAGUGCCAGCCCACCUUCCCCCGCUGCAACUGCCCUGAGGCCGACAUCCAGGCACUGGAGAGCAGCCUGGCCCAGCUCCGGCGAGCCUGGGAGAGCCACCACGGCCAGUUUGAGGAGUCAGAGGAGUUUCAGGCCCUGGUGAAGAGGCUCCCCGGGGACCAUUUCCUGAACAGGACGGCCAUCUCCCACUUCUGGGCCAUGGACCUGGAUGUCCAGCAUCGCUACCAGCAGCUGGGCACCAGCCUGAAGCUGCUCUCCAGGAAAACCCACCGACUCAUCCGGAGGCUCUUCAACCUCAGCAAACGCUGCCACCGGCAACCUCGCUUCAAACUGCCGAAGGAGAGGUCCCUCUCUUACUGGUGGAGCCGUGCGCAGUCGCUCCUGUACUGCAGCGAGACCACCAUGCCUGGGACCUUUCUGGAAGAAAGCCACAGCUGCACGUGUCCCUCCGACCAGCCCUCCUGCCAGGGGUCCAUACCGUGUGCCUUGGGCGAGGGGCCAGCCUGCGCCACCUGUGCCGAGGACAACAGCACCCGCUGUGGGACCUGCAACCACGGCUACGUGCUUACCCAGGGCUUCUGCCGCCCCGAGGUGGCCGACUCGCUGGAGCACUACCUGGGGCUGGAGACGGACCUGCAGGACUUGGAGCUCAAGUACCUCCUGCAGAAACGGGACAGCCGCAUUGAGGUGCACUCCAUCUUCAUCAGCAAUGACAUGCGCCUUGGGAGCUGGUUUGACCCCUCCUGGAGGAAACGCAUGCUCUUGACCCUGAAGAGCAACAAGUACAAGCCCGGGCUGGUUCACGUGAUGUUGGCCCUCUCCCUGCAGAUCUGCCUCACCAAGAAUAGCACGCUGGAGCCCGUCAUGGCCAUCUAUGUAAACCCCUUUGGGGGAAGCCACUCAGAGAGCUGGUUCAUGCCCGUCAACGAGGGCAGCUUCCCAGACUGGGAAAGGACUAAUGUAGAUGCCUCUGCCCAGUGCCAAAACUGGACGCUCACCUUGGGCAACAAAUGGAAGACCUUCUUUGAAACGGUCCAUGUCUACUUGCGGAGCCGCAUCAAGUCUCUGGACAACAGCUCCAAUGAGACGAUCUACUAUGAACCCUUGGAGAUGGCAGAUCCUUCGAAGAACCUGGGCUACAUGAAAAUCAACAGCUUGCAAGUCUUCGGCUACAGCCUGCCCUUUGAACCAGAUGCUAUCCGUGACCUGAUCCUUCAGCUGGACUACCCCUAUACCCAGGGCUCCCAGGACUCAGCCAUGCUCCAGCUAUUGGAGAUCAGGGACCGGGUGAACAGGUUGUCACCCCCUGGCAAAACCCGCCUUGACCUCUUCACUUGCUUGCUGCGCCACAGGCUCAAGUUGGCCAACAACGAGGUGGCGAGGAUCCAGUCCUCCUUGAGGGCCUUCAAUGCCAAGCUGCCCAAUGCAGUCGAGCAGGAGACGGGCAAACUGUGCAGUUAACAGCUGGGGCUGCUCAGAUGUUGGAGCAAGGGGGCCAGGAGAAAGG